CCAACUGUGCAGGAAGAUGGAGGAGAUGUAAUCUAUAAAGGCUUUGAAGACGGCAUCAUACAGCGGAAACAUCAAGAUUCUUGUACCAGCUGCCCCAGUUCAAUUGUUACUCUGAAAAAUGGAAUUCAGAACAUGCUGCAGUUUUAUAUUCUAGAAGUAGAAGGCAUAGAACAGGUUAUGGAUGAUGAAUCAGAUGAAAAAGAAGCAAACUCACCUUAA